AUGGGUGUGUCAUUGCAAGCGAGUGAAGGCAGUGAGGAGGACGACAGGAGCUCGUUCGGCCGUCGUAUGAGUAAUGAGCAAAUUGCUGCGUAUCGCGACCAGUUGAGUAGACGUAAUUGGCGUCCUCAGCAAAGUGCGGUAACGGUGAUAAGUGAGGAAACGGAGAGUUCAAAUGUGCCAGGAGAGCAUGGGGAAGAGACGCGAGACAGUAUCAGCAUCCAUUUGAAGGAGUUGGUGCGUCAGAGUACAAGUGACUUACGUUCAGCGACUCAUUCGGCGGAGCGUGCUCCACCGUCGACGAACUCGAAGCAAAAGUGGAACACACUUUCCGUGACUUCUGCACACGCAGACCACUUCAGCGAGGCCGACUACGCAGGCAUUGUGCCCACUGUACCGGCACCUCCCGUCACCCCAGUCAGUGCAAAGGACACGUGCAUCUUCCCGGUGGACGUACCCAGCAGACAACAUGAUGCCAGGCCGUAUGAUGCCAAGUCGUACGAGGCCAAGUUGUAUGAUGCCAAGUCGGUCGAGGCAAAGUCGCAAGACGGUAGUAAAGUUCAGGACACCCGUCUCCAGGACCCAAGACUGCACGACACAAGGCUGCACGAAUUGACUACCGACGGCCGCAGCUCCAAGGGAAGCUACAUAGGACUGUUACCACCCAAGCAGUAUACCCGGCUUGUAUUGCCAAGUGACGAACUUGCCCUGCGUGCGUCACGGAGCGAAGAAAAUGUUCGCGCUGUUAAAAUGAUUUCCAGCGCGCUUAUGCUCCGGUCCGAAUUCGUCGAGCCUUAUCGCUAUUACGACUCGCCCUGUGUCCUCCCUCCCGUUACACACGCCAGUGACCCCUGGGGCUCUCGCGAACCACGUUUCUGUCCUGAAAACGCACCUGUCCUUGAAAACCUACGAGGCUACGUCACCAUCGAAGGCGGCGUUGUCCGUGUCUAUACUGACCUGUGUCCCGAAAGUACACCCCGCUCCCGAGGGGAGACCCGACCUGACUUUGGUCCCGUGCAUGGAGAGGCAAAUGAUGGAGAGGUAAAUGAUGGAGAGGUAAAUGAUGGAGAGGUAAAGGAUGGAGAGGUAAAGGAUGGAGAGGGAAUCGAGGCAGAGAAAAAAGACGGAGGAAGAAACGAUGGACUUAUCACGGACGACGUGGCAAGCAAGACGGUUCAGGUACCUGAGACUGAGAGCGACGACGUUGGGGCGGCUCAGACUGACGGUUCAGCGGAGCGCCACGCGUCGGUGAUUGCGGAGCCCGCCAGUCAGUCGUCCAUGUCGUUCGCGACACCUGUGGGCGAGACGCCUGUGGGGGAGCCGGAACAGGUGCAGAACGGGGAGAAGGUCCGUUCACCGAUCGCUAUUAGCGUGACGCACCACAAGGACGACGGUCAAGUGGAGGUUUUGGACAGUGGCUGGUACGGCGACGAGUUUGUAAGAAAGGAAGCAGGUUGUGGCGGUAAGUGUGAUCCUAAGUGUGGUCCGAUGUCUGCUCCUGGGUCUCGGUCUAGACGUUUGGAAGAGGGGGUUCGAGGUGAUACCGACGUGACGCCGACAGUGUGUAGUGGUCGGGGUCCGGAGUUGCCAUUGGUGGCAGGUGGCAGUGGUGAAGAGUACAAGUCAAUAAUUGAAUUGACGGGUGGUCAUUUACCAUCAGUGGAUGAAUACUUGAUGCAUCUGAAGCAAUUGAUGAAGGUAGUUCAGGAUCCAGCAUGCAAAAGUGUUUGUUAUCAGAGAUUGAAAUAUUUGGAAGAGAAGUUCAGUUUUCAUCUUCUGUUUAAUGGACCGGAUGAGCAAGAGGAAGUACGGAAUAAUAACCAUCGUGACUUUUAUAAUGUGCGAAAAGUGGACACACACGUGCACCAUUCGGCUUGCAUGACACAGAAACAUCUGUUACGGUUUAUUCGUCGUAAAUAUCGAACGGCGGCGGAUGAGGUAGUAUGUAAGACAGCUGGUGGUGAGGAGUUGACAUUGCGUAAGUUAUUUGAGGAGCAGAUAGGAUUAACGGCAUGGGAGACAUCUAUUGAUCAUUUGGAUGUUCAUGCGAUGAACUCUUGUUUCCAUCGGUUUGAUUUGUUCAAUUCGAAGUAUAACCCAUUUGGAGCGGCUAUGUUGCGAGAGGUAUUUCUGAAAACGGAUAAUUUUAUUGGUGGUCGAUAUUUAGCGGAAUUGACUCAAGAGGUUAUUGAGGAUUUGGAGGCGGCUAAAUAUCAGCAAGUGGAGUGGCGCGUAUCAAUUUAUGGGCAUAGUCCGAAUGAGUGGGUAAAGCUUGCACGUUGGAUGUUGAAUAAUAAGUUGCAUAGCAAACGCGUGCGUUGGGUUAUCCAGGUACCACGUCUGUAUCAUGUUUACCGGGCUCGUAAUAAGGUGAAGUCGAUGGAAGGGUUUUUGUCUAAUGUGUUCCGACCGGUUAUAGAGGCAGUUCUCAAGCCUAGAGAUCAUCCUGAAAUCUUUGAAAUGUUGCGACAAACUGUAGCGUGGGAUAGUGUAGAUGAUGAAAGUGUCGUAAGCAAAUUCACCAUGGCAGGAGGUGAACUACCUGAUCCUAAAGAUUGGGUUCAUGAAGACAAUCCACCCUACGCCUACUGGGCCUACUACAUGUACGCUAACAUACGUACGCUUAAUGUACUCCUUCAAGCAAGGGGUCUCAAUCCCAUGCCCUUCCGCCCCCACUGUGGUGAAGCCGGGAGCAUCAGCCAUCUUGCCAGCGCCGGACUCCUCGCUGAUGGUAUCAAUCACGGUAUCAUGCUCCGCAAAUCACCCGUCCUUCAGUACCUAUACUACUGCUGGCAAAUCGGCCUCGCCAUGUCACCCCUCAGCAAUAACGCCCUAUUCCACGAAAUCACCAAGUCACCCUUCGUUACCUUCUUCAAAAUCGGACUCAAUGUCAGUCUCUCCUCUGACGACCCACUCAUGUUCCAUUUCACUGAUGAGGCCCUUCUAGAAGAAUACUCAGUCUGCGCCCAUCUCUGGAAACUCUCACCCGUAGACCUCUGCGAAGUCGCCAGAAAUUCCGUCCUACAAUCCAACUUCGAACCCCAGUUCAAACGACACUGGAUUGGUGCUCAUUACCUCAAAAAGGGCGCUAAGGGCAACGACAUUCGCGCCACCAACGUCCCUGGCAUACGUCUCGCCUACCGAGAAGAGGCUCUCAAGGAAGAACUCAAAUACCUCAGAGAUGUCGUCAUGGUGACGACAAAUUAG